AUGAAGCAACGUCCUUGGAAAAUAAAGCGCUGUAAUCUCUGGGAUGACGACAAGAAACCAAGGCGGGUCAAAGGGGGGUUGACUGGUUGCUGGAGGAAUGUCAAUGAUUGUUUCUUUGUGCAUCCGACAGAAAGAGAAUGGGACACAGCUGAACCGUCCUUCCCUCCGCCGGCACACGAGGUUGUUGAUAACAACAACGAAUUCCACUACGAGCUGAGCAGCAGACUUAGAAGACCAAGCGAUUCUUCUGUAUCAUCAGAAUCUCGUCGCGAUCACCCUCGAUACACUAGCCCGUCCAAAAGUCCCCGAGCACAUCGGCAGGACAGUAGACGGUCACGUUCACCUGCCACAUCAGUGGCUGAAUCUGACAAACUCGAAAAACUACGAAGGGACGACGGCUAUCACCGGCGCACGAGCAUAGCAGGAUCAUCGUCGUCUUUCUCUAGACGUCGUACUCCCCCUUUGGAUGAUCGCGGGAGGCGUGGUGACCGAACUCGCUCACCAAGACCAUUAUCUCCACCGCGGCCCCAAAUGACCAUAACAAAGACCGUCAUGCUUCCGCCCCCGCCUCCGCCUCCGCCCCCUCCUCAAGGAACUCCGCCAACGAGACCACUACCUCCCGUCCCUAUACCGCCAUCCUUCCUUUCUCUAGACAAAGACAUAACACAAAGGCCGCCAGAAAACUUCCGAGCAUUAUCAGGAGAUGAUCUACGCAAAGUCUGGCAUGAAAGAGUAGAUCUCCUUUUCGCAUCCGUAAAGGCGCGCGAACAGUUGAACUAUGCUGAGGCAGACUUGAAAUUGAACAAACUAGGCGAGUCGUCGCGCAUGGGCAACGUGUCGAACGUUCGUGCCAGAGCUCAGACGGAGAUGCGGUGCGAGGCAAAGAAGAACGAGAUAUCCGAUUGCAUCCAAAGACUCACUGCAUCAGAUUUCUGGCCGGCUCUCAAACCACCUGACUUGCAGAGCGUGGAGGCCAAGUUUUCUGACAUGAAGCAACAAAUAUCAGAGCUGAAAGAUUUAGUCAGCGAGCUCAGUACAUCUUUCUCUGCACUCCUUCGGUUAAAAGAAUCCAGAUCAGGCGAACCCCCACUGAAGAAGCGGAGGUUAGAGGGAGAGGACGCCACGGCUGGCCCUAGCGAAGUCACUUUCUCACUCAGUGCCUUGGAUGGCAUUCAAGCACGCUUGAGCGGUGUCGGCAGCCAGCUACUCGAUCUCCAGAAUGACAUCUUGCAGCGCAACACGAUCAUGGGGGAUGAGAUUGAGUCUCGUAUCGACGCUCGGCUGGAAGAGGUGGAGAUAUUCCCGGAUGAAGAUGAUACGAAUCCUCCGUCAGCUGUUGUGACUGAUGUGGUGCAUGCUGAGACCGCCAGGGCCCUGGACAUAAUCAAUAUGACUGGCCAACAGCUGGGAGAAGUGGCGCAGGAGGUUGCCAACUUGAUGAUCCAGAGCAAAGGCACUGACGACGAAGCUACGUGGUUGAGGCAGGAAAACGAGCAACUCAAAACUGAGAUCGUUAAACUCAAGUCCUCGGCAGAAGCUGACGCCAAAGUGGUACAGCAAAAUAACGAACAAGUAGAGGCUUUAGCGGUAGCUCUGCAGGCCUACAUCUCACAAGCUCCGCCACCUCCUCCACAACCAGUGAUUCCAACCCACGAAUAUCUCAUGGAAGAGCUCGAAGAUCACAUUCUUUUCAGCUGCAUGAAGACUAUUGAGCCCCUCUUACGGGAGAUGAAGGACGAGGUUUCGAAGAUGUUAAAUGACGAGAAUAACGCUAUGUAUCAAACUUUAUGGCCGAAGAUUGAGCUUGUGUUACGCAUGGUGGACACGGUCAAAAAGGGUAGCAAUAUCAUUCUCGAAUCGGACGAGUAG